GCGGACGUAUGGUCGCUGGGGGUCGCAUGGUAUGAGAUGGUGUGCCUGAAGGUACCCUUCUCUGCCUCGAACCUCCCCGCCAUGGCGCUCUUGAUUUGCACCUCCGAUCCCAAGCCCCUCCCGGAGGAGUACAGCGCUGACUUGCAGACGCUGAUCUUCUCACUUUUGCAGAAGGAUCCAGUGAAGCGCCCCCCGAUGUCUGCGGUUGUCGAGGAGCCUGCAGUGAAGGCCGCGAUGCCGGAGCCGAUGGAGUCGCCACGAGGGUGGCUUCGCCGACUCCCGGAGAUCGACGAGCUGCCACUGGCCGAAAGCUGGGGAGGCCCUGAAGAUGACCACGGCACAGACCAUAGGCGGAUGCGCGGGAAACGGCGCUGCCGGACGCCCUGGAUUGAUGGUCAGGAGGCGCUGGAGGGAGGCUACAUGCGGAGCCCUGUCGUCCGGCACUCCAAUCGGCGGAAUCCGGAGGCGCAGGCAUCGCCAGACUCCCAUAGCUCAACGCCGCUGCCCCUCACAACCCCUGC